AUGAUUUUCACUCAUCUCUUUCCAUGGACUUGUAGAAGGUAUCGCUCGUCCACUUGAAAGCUUUGUUUAUCCCUCGUUUUGUUUCAGGAGACUGCUUCUGAUGAACAAUCAGACCCUAAAUGUGGUCCAGCUGGGCAUCGCCUUCUUCCUAGUCUUCUUUGCUUUCAACUCGGCAUCUUUUAUUGAGGAAUAUGUGAUUCACAGUUUUGCAGAGAAAGGAGAGAUCUCCAAACAUGCUGGAUACAACAGGUAUAUCUAAAAGUUGAAAUAAACAAACAAACGUAAAAGAACUUUUAUAAAUUUAUUAAACAUAGAGGUGCGUAUUGGAAGAGUAAAUUACGUUUCGAGUGACAUAACUUUAGCUUGGCCAUCAUCUACGCUUCCUUCACGGUGUUCAACUUCUUGGCCGCCACGGUUGUCCACAAACUUGGGGUGAAGGGUGCUAUGUUCUUUGGCGGAGUCACUUACGCCAUCUUCCAAGCCGGAUUUCUUUACAUUAACGAAAGUUUCUUGUACAUUAGUUCAGCACUUUUGGGCUUGGGAGCUGCUGGUAGGUGAAGUUAUUGUAGUAGUUUAAGUUUUACAGUUAUAUGGACUGCCCAAGGAAAGUACUUAUCGCAGAACUCGACCGAAGAAACUGCUGAACGACAUUCUGGCAUAUUUUGGGCGAUUUCACAAGCAUGGUGGGUUUUACAGUAGUUUAAGGUCAUUUUAGGUAUAAAACUGCAAGUUGUCAUCAAAAUAAGUUUUUAGUACCAACUAAUAAUGUUUUACUCAAUCUUAGCUGUUGAAUUUUGCAGCUUGUCAUGUGGUGGAGUAUUCAUGUACGUAGCCUUCCAUUCAGACGCCGAUACCAUAAGCGACGAUACUAUGUUAGUAUUAUAUGGUGUCUUCACAUGUGUAACAGUCGUUGGCCUUAUUUUAAUUUUACUUUUACGUAAUUCAAAGCCGAGUUCAUCGGCCUUGAUAUCAGACGUCAACGAUCCUUAUGAGAACUUGACAUUGUCGCAAAUGUUCGGUAAGUGACUCAAAUAAAGGUUACUAUUAUACGUUAGUGAAAUUUAAAUGAUACAAAUCCUCCUUUUAGGAUCAAUGUGUGACUUGGCGAAACAAAAACGAAUGCUACUGUUGAUCGUAGUCUUUAUCUACACGGGAAUCUCUCUCAGCUUCUGGGGAAGUAUCUACCCAACGUGUAUAGGCUUCACGUUACUGCUAGGAGGUAACACGAAACGACUGAUCGCUUUGAAUGCAAUAGCAGAAGGGCUUGGUCAAGCUUCAGGUAAGAAUGAUUAUUUCACUUGUACUAGCCAUAGUUUAAUCGUAUUACAAACCAUUGUUUAACUAAAAGGUAUAAGCUAUUGAUGGAGAUAUGUUUGGUACUAUUAUGUCGAUGAUCCAGAUGAUGUGUUCUGUGGUGGGACAGGGGAAUUGUCGUCCACAGUGUUCUCUUCUUUUUCUAGUUCUCCUCGACAAGGAUCGAUCCCGUAGACAAUAUAAACAUCGCAUUCUUUGUCCCAAGUAAUCCUAAAACACGAACUUGCUAUAGAUAUUGCCAAUUAAAAGUAGGGAUUUCCGAAACAAAAAACUUACUAAAUUCUACACUAAAGAAUACUGGACUAACUUACGUGUUGGUACACAUUCUUUCUUCCACAAAAGUUGGCGCCCUACUAGGAUGGGGUUUGAAAGCCUCAGGGAAUCUUUCCUUAACCGUUGUGUAGUUGUCGUUAGUGAUACUCUCGUCCUUCAGUUUUAAUCUGGGAUAAAAACUCUUCAUCUCGUGUCUCAUUGCCGCUUCCACUGGAGCAUCCAAAGGUUCUCCGAGCUGUAGCACCUUCAACUUGACGUUCUUGUCGGAGUUCAUAACCAGAUGUUUGUGGGCCGACUUCCUCGGAUCCAACAUCUGUGCUUGUGCCUUGCUUAUCGUUCGAGGAAUCAUCAGGCCACGAGAAUGAUCCCUGUACCACGCACGACGAUAUAGACACGGUAUUAGAAACGAAACCGAGGUUAAUAUAAUCACACUAAACAAAAGCUCCAACAUGACCACACUUCGUAAACAAAAUAUUUGAAAUAAAAAUUGAAAAAGCAAAUUUUGCGGACUAAUACCUAAAUUUUCAUUAUUUUAGGCGGCUUCAUCUUUGGAAUCCUCGGCUCCAAGAAGUUCAACAUCAAAAGGACAAGAGUAGUUUUCAUUGCCACGGUGAUCAACAUAAUCUCAUUCACGGGGAUCUACAUUAACUUCCCGAAUGACGCUUCCUUGGCCAAGACCCAUCUACCUGGCCACAUAAGUCCCAAUGUUUAUGUGGCCUUGGCAUGCGGAUUCCUUCUGGGAUUCGGUGAUGCCACUUGGAACACACAGGUGUUUGCUACGCUGAUUAGCCAUUAUAACAAGCAUUCCGCCCAAGCUUUCUCAAUAUUCAAGUUCUUCCAAUCCUUCAUGGCGGCUAUAGCCUUCUUCUGUGGCACAACCAUACCUUUAGACUAUCAUCUGAUACUCCUAGCCGUAAUGUCAGUAACGGCAUGUGUUGCAUUCGCUAUAUCAGAACGGUCGAGUGAAACACUGGAGGGAGAAGAUAACGAUACUCAUGUAGAAUAAUUAUUGUACAUAUCAAUAUUUAACUGUGAUAAUAUCCAAAACCUGUGUCAAAUAUUUUAUACCCAAUGACAAUAUUGCAAUAAAGUUCUAAAUCAUAUUUAAAUUGGUUUCCGUAUUUUUUAAUCCAAAAAACAUUUGUUAUUUUGUGAAAAUAAAUAAAAUAUUAUUAGAUUUUAAAAUCCUGGGAACAAAAUAAAACACAUAAGAAUUUUUGCGUCCCACAACGAAACCAAACAAUGCCCGAGAAAAUCGUCCGACUACGGUGCUUCUUCAUUGGGUUUUCGAAAAAAAUUUCUUUUUUAAAAAUAUUUUAUGUAAUUUUUCGCUAUUUAUGUCGAGUUUUUGGUACUAAUGUUAAGUUUUUGAUUUUAUUGCUGUAUUUUUAGGUUACCAUGGGUUUCAGUACCAAGCCUCUUAUCAUUGACGCCAAGGAUCAUAUCCUCGGCCGUCUGGCGUCAACCGUGGCUAAACAACUUUUGCUUGGUCAAAAGAUCAUUGUUGUUAGAUGUGAGGAGAUCAACAUUGCUGGCAACUUCCAUCGCUGCAAGCUGAAGUACUUCUCCUUCCUCAGAAAGCACUGUAACGUCAAACCAUCUCGCGGUCCCUUCCACAAGAGAGCUCCAUGCAAGAUCUUCUACCGCACAGUCCGUGGUAUGAUCCCACACAAGACUCCUCGUGGUAUGGCCGCUCUUAAGAACCUCAAGACCUACGAUGGUGUACCACAACCUUAUGACACCAAGCAAAGACUUGUGCUCCCAUCUGCCGUCAGACACAUCGCCUUGAAGCCUCGCCGCAAAUUCAGCACCGGUAAGCUUCUAUUUUUAUUGGAUUUGUGUUUAGAUUGACAAAACAUGAACAAGGAAUGCUUUUGUUUGUGAAUUUUAAUGCUAGAAAUAUUUGGUAAAAUGGCUAGUAUUAAACAACGAUAUAUCCUUUUGUUAAAAAUUUGUACAUUUUUUAGUUUAAGGUUACUUUAAGGUUUUAUGAACUAUUAAGCUUGUAUUCUUGAUCGUUAAUUUUUUUAUGUGCUUCUUAUACUUGAAGUUAUAUUCUUUAUUUUAGUUGGCCGUCUGUCCCACGAAGUUGGAUGGCAAUACCAGGGUGUGAUCGCCAAGCUUGAGGAGAAGAGAAAGGUCAGAAGCGCUGCUUUCUACGAACAAAAGAAAGCUGAAUUGAAGUUGAAGGAGAAGGCCACAGCCAAUGUUGCCAAGAAAUUAUCGAAAUACGACGAGAUCUUGAAACAGUACGGUCAUGCCUAA